GUGCGCACAACAGAGAACAGAAACUUCCUUGACUGUAGAGUUUAGUGUUCUGACGGCGCAGAGAGGACGCCUUUUCAAAUGCUGUACACAGAGAGUUAAGAUAAACUUUGGGAGAUUAACUACAGGACCAUGAGUCGUGGAUCUAAAGCUAAAUCGGAGGGCGCCUGGAGCUCUCUGCUGAGCCCGCAGGAGAAUGAGAAGCUUGAGGAGCUAUUGGGCAGAAGGUGUGCUUCCACGGCCACUGCAGUAGCACAGCUGUUCAUGGCUCUGCCUCACAGCCCCUCUGUGUGGAGCUUGCAGCACACUGGAGUCGUGUGCUUCAUCAAAGACAACCCUCAGCGCUCCUACUUCAUACGGAUGUUUGACUUGAAGACAGGGAGGCAGGUUUGGGAGCAGGAGAUCUACAACCAAAUUGUUUACUCCUCACCAGAGCUGUACUUUCAUACCUUUGCUGCAGAUGACUGUCAAGUCGGACUGAACUUUGCUACGCAACAGGAAGCAGAAGCUUUCCAAAAUGCUGUCGAGGAUAAAAUCAGCCAGAGAAACAACCGUCUAGAUAAGAAACACCGCCCCCUGCCGCAGACUAAUAGAGGUUCCGCCCCUCGAGUCCCGCCUGGAAAAGCAUCUCAUGGCAGCCCUGGUUCUUUUCAAAUGGCCACAGUGGACAUCCAAAACCCAGAUAUCCAUUCUUCACGCUACCGCUCGGUGCCGUCACCUGCUGCUUCCUUACCUCAGACCGGCAAAGGAAAGAAGGAUAAGAAGAAAGGAAAAAAGGGCCCCAAACUCUCCAAAGCAGACAUAGGAGCACCCAGUGGAUUUAAACAUGUUGGUCAUGUCGGCUGGGAUCCCGACAACAUAGACCCUGAUCUGUGGAAGCUGCUCUCCCAAGCUGGGAUCAGUGCAGAUGAGAUGAAUGAUGAACAAACCUCCCAGCUCAUCUAUAAUGUCAUCGAGCAGUCUGGAGGCAUGGAGGCGGUCAAAAGGGAGGUGAACAAAGCUCCACCACCUGGCAGACAAGGGCCUCUGCCUCCGGUGCCGGGCUCCAGCGCCCCAACCCCUCCACCUACUCGAGGCCGCUCUGGCCCCCUGCCUCCUCUCCCAGGCCAGUCACCUCGAGGAAUCCCGUCCCCCCACUCAUCUCCUUCACAUGGAGGCGUGCCACCUCCACCUCCUGCAACAAGCAGAGGCGGUCCUCCACCGCCACCUCCACCAGCACACACCUCUCAGUUCCACCCACCGGCAUCCUCUCGUGUCUCCCCCUCAAUCUCCUCCCACAACCUGCCUCCUCCUCUGCCAUCUAGUCAGCGCUCUAGUUUCUCACCUCCUCCUGUCCCAUCUACACCAAGCAGAGGGGGUGGAGGCCCUCCACCUCCUCCUCCUCCUCCUCCUCCACCUCCCCAAACCUCUAUGUCUUCACAUGUCCCACCUCUUCCUGGUGGCCCACCACCACUACCACCUUCUGCAUCCGGAGGAGGAGGAGGAGGAGGAGGAGGAGGAGGAGGAGAAAGCAGAGGAGCUCUGCUGGAUCAGAUCCGAGGGGGGAAGAAGCUCAAAAUAGUGACAGACGACGCAGGUCCAAACACACCACCAGAGUCUAAUGAGGGCAUCGUUGGUGCUCUCAUGAUGGUCAUGCAGAAGAGGAGUAAAGCCAUCCAUUCCUCUGAUGAAAGCGAAGAUGAGGGAGGAGAUGAAGACGACGAUGACGAUGAAUGGGACGAUUGAUGUUGAAGUUCUUGCUUGUGUGGAUUAUGAACAAAUAUAAACAUCUGAAUUGCAAUACUGGUACAUGUUUGAUUUAGAUAUGAUUGGUUAAAAAGGUUGCAGCGUUUUCUUAAAUGUAUAGGCUCAUACGACGAUAAUCCCUCUCAAUCAUUACCCACCAGAAGUGUGUGGUGCGGUCUGUAUCUGCAGAGACCCUGAAGCCUGAAUAUUCUCUUUUAUAUUAUUUUACUCUGUUUCCGGUCAAAAACAAAGAGCUUUUGUGCCCCAUGUGGGUGUGUUACCCCCAGCCAAUAAACAAGGUGUGCAACCCGUUCUCAUUCCCAGGUUGCCAAAUGCCGCCACAUUGUCUCGCCCCUCUGCGUCUGAUACCGAGGCACAAGGCACCCUUUAGCGAGUAUACAAAGCAGCACAGAGCGGGUCGUUACUCCUGUGCAUCUUUCUCCUCUGCUGUGUGCUGCUACCGGUGUGUCGGCUGAUUGAUUCACUGCUUUGUUGUCACUGUUGACUCCCCCUUUCUUCAUUCACACUCCAGCUCGCUAGACAACUGCUGCUCUCUCUCGCUAGUUGAGCCGGGAGGAGGGGCCAACGUUGAAUGUUGUGUUUACAAACAGCAACCGACGAUGCCACCUACUGUAUCUUUAAGUAGACCGCAGAGUGGAGGCUCACGCACACACACCUGCCUUCAAUCAGAGUCUUAAUCACAGCCAUCGUGGGUACAGUAUGUGUGUAGAAUAGGAUUAUGGAUUGUCAAUUAUUAUUUAUCUGUUGCAAAUGUGCAUGUUUUUUUUACCGUACAGUAUGUGUAGAAUAGGAUUAUUGACCGUCAACUGUUUAUUUAUCUGUUGCAAAUGUGCAGAUAUUGUUUACCAAGAGUUCCCAAGGGGACAAUAAAGUACAUGUACAACACA